UUAAAUAAAUCACGUCUUUGUGCUCGCAACAUAUUUGAAAUGUUUAAGAUAGUAAUUUUUCUGUUUUGCACACUCUUCGCUUCCCAACUGCGUGGGAGUACGAGUACCGAUUGCAACGUGGAGGAUCUAGUGAGCCAGUGCGGUGGAUUCUGCUUCAGAGCGCUAUGGCCGAUACUGGAUCACAUUUCCUACCACCAGGAAUCGGGAUCUAAUGCAAGCGAUAUCAAUCACAUAGCCACACGAGUUCAACUGGAUAAAAUUGAGAAGCAACUGGUUGCCCAGCAACAGGUUCUAUCAAGCCUGGAAUCGUCUCAAAUGAACAUCCCAAAGAGUUUUGAGCAGAUCGGUAGCAGUUUCUACUACAUUGAGAAAUACAGCCAGCAGAAUUGGUUCGCCGCUAGAGAUAUCUGUCGUCGAAUGGGAGGUAACCUGGCGAGCAUUCGCAGCGAUGCGGAGCUCACCGCCCUCAACGCCAAGCUGCCAUCCUCAACUGAAUUCUGGCUGGACAUCAACGAUCUGGGUAAAACGGGCGCAUACGUGUCCUUGACCUCCGGAAAACAGUCAACCCUUCUUAAGUGGUCAUCGGGAGAACCAAACAAUACCAGCCAUCAUUGUGUUCUCCUGAAUAAUCUUAUGUAUGAUGCGAACUGCGACCAGUCUACUUUAUUCAUUUGCCAAGCAGGUGAUAUAAAGGAGUGAAAAAUUAUAAUAUUUUCAAUACAAUUUUAAAAAAUAAAAGAUUUUGCAAAAAACA